CAAUUAAUUCUACUGUCAAUUCAUUUUCAGUUCAUCUUCUUUGAAUAAUUGUUCACUCAAACUAAUUAAUUUAGUAGUCUCAUUAUAAAAACAUCACAAUAUGACAACUAUCUAUUUGAAUUGUAUCGUUUUGAUCACAAUUGGUCUUUUCAUCGCAACAAGUGAUUCAUUUGUAAUCCAUCCUUUGAAAGCGAAAGAUGCCUACAAACCAAUACCGACUACUGAUCCAAUGGUCGUGAAAGAUGUCAACUUUGUUGUGUCGGAAAUCAAUCGACUCUCGGCUACCAAAUAUCUGGUUAAACCUUUGAAAAUCAAGAAAUCUGCCAUUCUAUUGAAUGAAUAUAUCAAUCUAACAUUUGAAGUUGGAACCACAGUUUGUCUUAAAGGUUCAUCAACACCACUUGAUAAAUGUACACUUGAUGCUAAAAAGCCAACUACGAUAUGCAAAGAGGUGAUAGUUGACAAUACACCUUGGAGAGAAGUUAAAAUGAAGGUAACCCAAUUUGGAAACUGUCAACCUUAAUAUCCAUGGUUAUGGUUCCCGUCAACGUCCAACCACUCACAAACGGCUUCUGCAAUAACAAAUACAAAUGAAUGUGAAGACAAAUAAAUAUACAUUAACCACUGUCCAACCUUACCUCGAAAAUUCGGAUUGAAAACAAAGAAUCCUUCCAAUUAAUACUUAACUUGAUCUGACCUGAGUUGUAAAUUGACCAUAAGAGAUAUUAAAGACGCUUUUUUACCUAUCAAAAAUGAA